CCGGCAUUCCCGAGUCCCUGCGCCGGCGCUUCCUCGCGUCGACGACCAAGGAGCGGCGUGACGAGCGCAAGGCGGGCCGGCUCCCGAAGCUCCGAACGUCGUUCACCGAAGCGUGGCUCCAGGAUGUCUUGCCGCACUGGGGCGACGCCAAGCACCAAAAGCCCAUGGCGUUUGUCCAAGGGCUUUGCUUUGCGGGGAUUCCAAAGGAAGUGCGCGGCCGUGCGUGGGCCGCGCUCCUCGGCAACAAGCUCCAGAUCAACGAACAGCUCUUUGAGAUCUGCAAGACGCGCGCCAAAGCUGUGCUCGUCGAAGUCGCAGCGACCAAGGCGAAGGACACGCAUCCGAACCGCCCGUCGCUCACGAUCGACACGUCCGGGCUCGACGGCGGAUUCGUCGUCGUGACGUCGCCCCAGCACGCUACAUCGACGCUCACCGAGGCGCUCAUCGCCGACAACGAGCGCAACAUCAAGCUCGUCAAGCUCGACAUGCCGCGUACCUUUGGGAGCCACCCGCAGUUCCAGGCCGGCGCGGUCGGGGCCCAAAAGACGUACGAGGUCCUCGAAGCGUACACGUGCUACCGCCCCGACCUCGGCUACGUGCAAGGCAUGAGCUACUUGGCGGCGAUUCUGUGUCUCCACAUGGACAGCUUCUCCGCGUUCAAGGCCAUGGUGUCGCUCCUCAGCACGCGCUUGCUCUUCGACAUGUACCGUCUCGAGGAAGAUCGGACACUGCAUUAUCUUCGCGUGUACGACACGAUUCUGCAGCACGAGCUGCCGACACUCCACGCGUACUUUGAAGAGAUUGGCAUGGACGCCAAGAUGUACGUCGUCGACUGGGCCUUUACGCUCUUUACGCGCUGCGUGCCCUUGGAUGUCGUGCUGCGGAUAUGGGACGUCUACAUCUUGCUCGGCACGCCCUUCUUCUUCCAAGCCUGCAUGGCGAUUUUGAUCUUGUACGAGGAGCACUUGCUCGCGCUCGACCUGGGCGACGUCAUGCGCUUCCUCCACGACAUUCCCAAGAGCAUGAGCCCGAGCGACUUUUUCGACGCCCUCGACGCCGUCAACCUUUCGUGCAGUGCAAUCGACAGCCUCCUCGCCGGCGGGAACGUGCGCCCGUGGUCGCCGGUCGGUCGACGUCCCGUCUCUGUCGAGUUCCCCGACGCGUACGAGUACUAG